AUGAUUGAUAGAUACCGAGGAGUGCUGCGACUCAUCGACUGGGGUUUGGCUGACUUCUACGUCACCGAUAAGAUAUAUCCGGUGACCGUCGCCUCCAGAUUCUACAAACCGCCGGAACUGCUGUUGGGUUACCAUAAGUAUGACUUUGCGCUCGACAUGUGGUCCUUUGGAUGCGUUGCUGCGGCGCUUAUCUUCAAAAGGGAGCCAUUUUUCAAUGGUUUGGAUAAUUUGGAUCAACUGAAGAAAAUUGUGUCCGUUUUGGGAAACGAUUGCCUCAAACAAUAUGUCCUGAAAUACCAGUUGAAGCCAACGGUACAGUAUCUCAUGGAAGGCAUUAUACAGCGCCGGCAGUGGAGAGAAUUCCUAAGCCAUACUCAGACAUCUUUGGCGGUCAAUGAUAUAACUCUGGAUCUAAUCGAUAAACUUCUGGUGUUUGACCACAAGUUUCGAUUGACUGCCGACGAAGCGCUCAGACAUCCGUUCUUUAGUAUGAAAACUGAGAAAAUGGGUUGAAUUGAGAAAAAGUGGA